AUGGAAGCCGUACCAACCAUGGAAGAAGGUCGUCCAGGUGUAAAUGGCGAAGAACAAAACUGUAGAUUUCCAGGUGCUCCAGCACAUUCCAGUGUUAGAUUUUCAAAUGAAACCCUAGGACCAGGUACAAUAGCAACUUACACUUGUGAACGAGGAUUUGAACUUCUUGGUCCUUCUAGAAGACAAUGCGACAAUGGGGUCUGGUAUCCCGAGGGAAUACCGUUUUGUGUGUUGAAUGUCGCUGCUGGAAAGGCGCCAAUGCAAAUUAGCACAGAGAACGGAGGAAUCCCACAGAAAGCUAUUGAUGGAAGCACAAGUGCUUUCUUCAAUGCGGAAACAUGUACGUUAACAAAAUCUGAACGAACUCCUUGGUGGUACGUGAACUUAUUGGAACCUUACAUGGUACAGUUGGUCAGACUUGAUUUUGGAAAACCUUGUUGUGGUUUAAAUAAACAAGCAACAAUAGUAGUUCGAGUAGGCAAUAACCGACCAGAUCUUGGUACAAAUCCAAUUUGUAACCGUUUCACUGGUUAUCUGGAAGAAGGUCAACCACUUUUUCUUCCUUGCAAUCCACCCAUGCCGGGAGCAUUCGUUAGUGUCCAUUUAGAAGCAUCAACUCCGACCCAAUUAUCAAUUUGCGAAGCUUUCGUUUACACUGAUCAAGCACUCCCGAUCGAAAGAUGUCCCCAGUUUAGGGACCAACCACCUGGAAGUACCGCUACGUACAAUGGAAAAUGUUACAUUUUUUAUAACAGGCAACCUUUAAUGUUCCGUGACGCUAUGGCAUUCUGCAAGAGUCGUGGUGGAACUUUAGUGAACGAAAGUAAUCCUGCUUUACAAGGAUUCAUCAGUUGGGAGUUAUGGAGAAGACAUAGAACGGAUGCUACGGGUCAUUAUUGGAUGGCUGCAGUAAAAGAUAACGUUCAAGGUGGUUGGCAAUGGUUGGGUGGUGAUGAAGUAUCCGUUUCAUUUUGGAAUGGUAAAUUAGGAUCUGGAAAUUGUGCGCGAUAUGAUGGUGCUAAAGGAUGGCUAUGGUCUGACACUGAUUGUAAUACUCCUUUAAAUUAUAUUUGUCAACAUCAACCAAAAGCUUGUGGUCGUCCUGAACAACCACCAAAUUCCACAAUGGUAUCAGAAAACUUUAAUGUCGGUGCUAAUGUUGAAUACACCUGCGAUGAAGGUCAUUUAUUAGUAGGUCCAAGUGUUAGAACAUGUUUAGAUACUGGCUUCUAUAAUGAAUUUCCUCCGGUUUGUAAACGAAUUCAUUGCGGUUAUCCCGCUGAUAUUGCAAACGGAGAAUAUGCGUUAGUAAAUGAUAGCGUUGGGUAUAUGAGUCGUGUUGUUUAUUCCUGUUACGAUGGCUUUAAAAUGAUUGGAAGGGCUCAAUUAACCUGCGACAUCGAUGAACGAUGGAAUGGGCCACCACCAAAAUGUGAUCCUAUCGAAUGUGGACCUCCACCAAGCAUUGAUAACGGUAUUUUCUCACCAUCUCUACAAAACCAAGAAUAUAUCUUUAGCACUUCCGUUGAAUAUUUAUGUAAACCUGGUUAUUCAUUAGUUGGAAAUAAUAAAAUUACUUGUAUGGCUAAUGGACAAUAUGAUCAACCAUCUCCAAUAUGUCAAGUUAUUAUUUCUGAAACAACAACCAACACCCCAAAACCAUUAAUCGUAACAAUUUCGGCACGACCAACGACAAUCAGAACGCGUAGGCCAACAAAACCUGUACCAACAACAAUAAUUAGCGUCGAGGAUAUCGUAAGAAUAACGGAACGAACGAAAAGGCCAACGUACCCAAAAACAACUACGAUGGUAACACAAAAAGCGGAUACAACUUCUUUCGUAUCCACUCCAUUCAUUCCACCUUCAAUAUUAGCGGGACAUCCCCAAGAUAACGAAAUCGGGGGAAGUUCUAACAUUCAACAGGGAGAAUCGCCGAAUAUAAAUGUUCCGUUAUCUAUCGAUGGCGAAAGGAGGGACACUUACGGGGCAAAAUUAAAUUUGGGAGCGAUUAUUGCUUUAGGAGCUUUUGGAGGCUUCAUCUUUCUGGCAGCUAUUAUUACUACAAUAGUUGUUUUAGUUAGGAGAAACCGAAGUGCAAAACAUUAUAGACACAGAGCAUCCCCAGAUUGUAACACAGUGGCAUCGUUUGAUUCGUCCAGUUCAGAAUCGAGAAACGGCCUAAAUCGAUACUAUCGUCAAGCAUGGGAGAAUCUGCACGAAUCGGCAGGAAGCAAAACAGGCCUGAAAGUAGCUGCCAAUGGUAAUCAUCAACCGCUAAAACGGAAGGAAACCCUCGAUGAACCGUACAGAAAUGGAGAACGACAACGGGACGGUUCGGAACUGGUCGUAUCCGAUUCCACGGCUUUUAACGGCAGUGGAAAAUCGGCUGAAAAGAAGCGCCAUCAUCAUCAUCACCAUCACCAUGAUUUAAGACAGCAUAAAGAAGGAAGGGAGUGGCGCGAAUCUAGGCCGCCGCCACAACAACAUAGGGACCAGAAGAGAUAUUGACAACCUUGCAUGAUUAUUACAGUACAAUUUGAGGAGGAGUAAAUAAUAAUAAUAAACGAAUUACACAUCUAAUUUUGAAAUAAAAUGGAUUUCUUUCUAUUUAUUUUUAGUCAACUAUUUAGCGUUUACUGGAUUAUGAUUUGAAAUAUUUUUUGUAUAUAUUAUUAUCAUUAUUAUUAAUUUGAUGCUAGUUUUUUUUAAAUUUUUUGCAUUAUUAUUUAAAAGAUAUUUAAAAAAGUUAAGUAAAACUAUAAUAGUUGAAUCCCUUGGCCUUUCUUUUAAUGUAAUAUACUCGAGUUAAACUUCAACUAUGUACUUUUAAAGAAUGAAGUAAUUUACCAAAUGCGGUGGUCUAAAGUAAGGCUAAUGAGAUUCACGUAGAGCGACUUCGUAUUAAAAAACGACUGAUUAUUUGGUGGAGAUGUAUAAAGACCAAAAUUUAACUUAAUUUUUAAUUAUCAAUUCACUUAUAUUUCAUGUUUAAGUUAUUCAUAGCGUAAACUAUUGAUAUCUAAUUAUCUAAUAUGUUAGAUGGGAAAGAACCACUCGUUAGUGCCAUUUGAGAAAGGCAAACCCACAUCUUAUCAACAUCUUAAAUAUUAUUUUUAUCGCACAGAAUUUUUCAAUUUCUAUUUUUUAUUCUCGUUCUUUCCAUAAAAAAUAUCUCUUAAGGUACUAUCUUUAAGUUAUAUAAGCAAAAAUGUAAUAUAUGUUGGAUUAAUAUAUUUAUGAACAUUUAA